GCGACCUGUCUAGUACAACGGAGGCGACUGGUAGAUCGUUGGAUGAUUUUGCCGCAGGGUUGGUCAAAGUCAAUAAAGUAUCGCCGAGUAUAGUACGCUGAAUAAAGUCAAUGGAUGUUGAAAAACUACUGAUAAUGGAUAACUCAUAUAGGACGAUAUCAUGAAGGAAAUCGAAGCUCUACGUGCAGCGGUGAAAGCAAAUGGUGCAAAGGAACAGGAACAAGUGGGACAGGUGAAGAAUAGGUUGCAUGAAGAGCUGAAAACGGAAAUUUUGGACGCGCUAAGACCGCACAUUACCAGCGAGAUCAAGAGCGUAAUCGAGAAGGAGACCAAAACGCAAGUUGACCUCAAGAUCAACAAUCAUAUUUCUAUUCCUCUGGCCACGCAAGAAGAAGAAACCGAAGAGAAGUUGUCCGAGGUCCGAGUGUCAUUGGCGAAUUCGAAAGCGCGUAUAGCCAACGCGGCGAUUACGUUAGAACAUAUGAAUGAUAAACUUGAAGUUCUGCUAAAGAAAGAUGGAAAACGCAGUAAACUUUAUCCGGCGGAUUUAACAUCGCUGUUCGCCUAUAACUUGGAUAGGGUUCGCGAAUUGCUCCAGGAUUAUGGGCUGGAGAGUGACACAAACCUCCGCGCUAAUUUGAAUCGGUUCAUUGACUAUAUCGGCAUACCGCAGGAGUCGCGUAUUGCAUAGCCUGGGAUGGAAGAACAGUAUACGAUGCUUGUAAUUUUUGUAGUAGAACGAUUUGGGUCAGCCCGACUGCCUGGCAUUAAUUUUCAAGAACAAAAGAUACAGGGUGUUCGGGAAUAAUGAAAAGGCCAGGCAAACCGGGGGAGGUGGCC